UAUUGACGUUUUGCGCAUGCUCAUAUACGGCGCGACAAGGAAAAGGUGCUAAAGACAAAGGACUAAACAACCCCAGGAAAAGAGGCGAAACAUUUAAUUUAACCAGGAUUAUGACAACCAUACUACAGUAUCGCAUGAAGCGAAAGCUGUUUUCUUAAGAAGUCGUCUGUCUGUCUACAUGUCACAGAGCCUCCUGUAUCAGGUCCCUCAUCUUUUCCACUGGAGCAAACUCUGUGGUGGAGCAGUGGUCCUCUGGGCUCUCUAGAAAUGGAAAGAACUCCUAAGCUCUCAUGACACUUGAAGGUGCUCAUAAAAAAGUUAUGACACACAUCAGAAUGGAGGAAGUUGAAAAAAGAGACGCAUACUCUUUCUUCUCUUGCUAAUUUUUCCAUAGAUGAUCCUUGUGGUUCAUUCUAAUUUUAUACUGAAGCAACUGGAAUAUCAAUGUCUACACACCCAACUUUUUGUUCACAUUCAAUUCGGGCCUCCUCACUCAACUUGAACACUGUUUGCCAGCAGUUUUUCUUUUCUUUUCUUCCAAUCGUCCCUUUUGAAACAGCAGGUGUAGUUGAAGUGACCUGGCCCCCCUCAGUGUCAUCCAGUAGACCCACCUCCCCCUUCCCUUGUCACACACUCGCCCCUACAGCAACUGAAAGGUUGCCAUGACGAUGCUAGUCGUGUCAGCGUAGCGACAGGGUGAUGGGGAGUGCUCCAUGUUCUGGGAAGGGGAGGGCAAGAGGGGGGCUGCAGGACCUGGGCUGUAUGCCAUGGAAGCUGAGCAAGCAGAAAGGGGUGGGGGUGGUGGUGCGGGGAGGGGUGGGGGGGGAGAGGUCAGACCUGGGAGAGCAUGCUCUCUCCACCCCUCCGGCCACGCCUCCACCGCCCAUCUACCACGAGAAGCAGCGGCGGGAGCUGUGUGCUCUGCACGCGCUCAAUAACGUCUUCCAGGAUGGGGCAGCUUUCAGCAGAGAUACUCUCCAGGACAUCUACCAGAGACUCUCUCCCGGCACUCUGGUAACCCCCCACAAGAAGAGCAUGCUUGGAAAUGGGAACUAUGACGUGAAUGUCAUUAUGGCCGCUCUUCAGACCCGAGGAUACGAGGCUGUCUGGUGGGAUAAAAGAAGGGAUGUGGGCAGUAUUGCGCUAUCCAACGUAACGGGCUUCAUCUUGAACGUCCCGUCCAAUCUGCGCUGGGGUCCGCUGCGCCUGCCACUCAAACGCCAGCACUGGAUAGGGGUGCGGGAGGUGGGUGGAGUCUAUUACAACCUCGACUCCAAACUACGUAGCCCACAUACCAUCGGAAACCCUGAUGAGCUCAGGAAGUUCCUGCGUUACCAGCUGAGAGGGAAAAAUGGUGAGCUCCUAUUGGUGGUGUCUGAGGAGGUGGAGGUCCACCAAACAUGGAGGUCAGAUGGCUGUUGAUUGAAUGUGCCCGGCAACCUUUUCUCUACCGGAUUAGACUUUUCCCAGUUGUUGCUCAGGAUAACAUGGUCCAAUCAGGAGACAGAUUGAAGAGCAGGUGGGGUUGUGUUCAGCCAAUCACACAGAUGCACACCGACCAGACAUACUUUUUUUUCUCACACACCCAUUGCUGGACUCUGGCUGAUGAGACCUGAAGCGAUGAAGGAAACAGAUGAAUACAGGGAGGUAAUGAAGAAAUCACACUACACAACGUUAUGUUUGGUGUUUGGGAUUCUGUGUUUUUAUAUUACUGAUUACUAUUUUUAUUUUAUUUUUUGUACCUUUCCAGUUUCCAAGUGUGAGAGGCAUGUGACUGUGUGUAAUACCACCCAUCUGUCACUCUUGCUCUUGCUAGUUCUCUCUCGCUCUCUGUCUCCUCGCUCUCUCUGUGUCCUUGCUCUCUCUCUCUGUGUCCUCGCUCUCUCUCUCUCGGUCUCUCUGUCUCUCUCUCUGUCCCUCUCUCUCU